UUCUGAGAAGUUUUUGUCAACAAAAUCCAUUCGUUUUCUGAACAAAUCAAUUGUUCGAAAAUAUAUUUUUAAAAAUUCAAUAUAUUUUGAAGCAUUUCAACAAAAAUCAUGUCCAAAAAUCUACAAACUGAUGCAAAUGACACCAAACUUUGUGCUUGUGAUGAUCAAGUUUCUAUAAAUGGUGAACUACAACAAACAACAAUGACUGGCGCCGCCACGACUGUGUAUGAUAAACAACAUUCGCUAGUAGAAAAAGCAAACAUUACUUUUCUAGAACUAUGCAAAACAUUGGAAAAUGAACAAACUAAACUAUUGGAAUUGGAAGAAAAGCGCAAAAAAUUACAGGAAGAAAUGUUACUUUUAAAGGCAGAAAUUGAAGAAGAAAAACAAUCAUUUAAUUUCAAUAUAGUAGAGUCAGUAGCUGAAAACCUUAGUGCAUUGAAUAAAGCUGCAGGUAACGAUGAAAAAGAUUGUGAUCUAAAGCCAGCUGUUAAUGAAAAUCUAAAUAUUAACAACUUAUAUACUUGCUAUGAAGAUGAGGAGCAUGUGGCUGUUACUGCACGUAAUGUUGUUCCAAAAAAUAGUCGAGAAUUUGAAAACGAAGAACCAACCAUACAAGAACAUGUCCAAAAUAUAAGAAAUUAAUUUUUAACCGAAUAAUGACAAUAGGAUUGAAUAAUUUACAAACAUGUUAUAUUUUGGUAUUCAAAUAUUUUAUUUUCUU